CAGAGAAAGACAGCCGACGGCGCUCCGGCAGCGGUGUGAACAGCCUUUUGUAAAGUACUUUACACGCAAAAACAGAGACAACCCCCGACGUCCCGUCACCGAGGUCUUCUCCCCAUACGGUGCUGUCAUUUCCACUGAGUUCGGUUUGUCCUUCGCCGUCACAGCUGUGGUGGGUCGCCGAUAUAUUUACACGGCUCGUAGUUGGAAUAUGGCUCAGCAUGGACAUCAUGUAGCCAGUUCACAGAAAGCACUCAUGCUGGAGAUGAAGAGUCUGCAGGAUGAGCCGGUGGAAGGUUUCAAGAUAACUUUGGUGGACGAGUCGGACAUGUACAACUGGGAAGUGGCGAUAUUUGGACCGCCGAACACGCACUACGAGGGUGGUUAUUUUAAGGCCCGGAUCAAGUUCCCUGUUGACUACCCGUACUCUCCGCCGGCCUUCCGCUUCCUCACCAAAAUGUGGCACCCUAAUAUUUACGAGAACGGGGAUGUGUGCAUCUCCAUCCUGCACCCGCCAGUGGACGACCCGCAGAGUGGAGAGCUGCCUUCAGAGAGGUGGAACCCCACACAGAACGUCAGGACCAUCCUUCUCAGCGUGAUCUCUCUGCUCAACGAGCCAAACACAUUUUCUCCAGCCAACGUGGACGCUUCAGUCAUGUACCGCAAGUGGCGGGACAGCAAGGGCAAGGACAGAGAGUACAUCGAGAUCAUCAGGAAACAAGUGCUGGCGACCAAAGCUGACGCAGAUCGGGACGGCGUCAAGGUCCCCAUCACUUUGGACGAGUACUGUGUUCGCACCCAAGUGCCGCCCACAGACGACGGCUCCAACCUGUUAUACGACGAUUACUAUGAUGACGAAGACUUGGAAGACGAGGAAGAGGACGACGACGAGGACUGUUGCUACGACGAGGACGACUCGGGCACUGAGGACUCCUGACCACACCUCCCUGUCACGUCCUCCUCCCCCGUCUUCAUUUUGGACUGAACUUUAUCUCCUCGUCACCCCACCCUCGCCCCUCCUCCCAUCCCUGUCCGUCACAUGUGCAGUCACAGUUUGCACGCUAAAACCUGAUGCAUUGAAAAGAAAGCUUCGGAGGUGUUUUUAUGUUUGCUCGAUUAUGUUAACUGGUGUUUGGAGAGUUUGCACACGCAUCACACCACACAACAUACAUUUAUGUACACACACACACACACACACACACACACACACACACACACACACACACACACACACAGAUGACUGGAAAAUGGUGUGCAGGCCAUAACAGUGACACUGAUCUGGAAUGGUAUUGGUGUGGCAGGCGUCAGCGUUGACCUUCAGAGUGCCUGCUCAUCCUCAAAUCCUCCUUUUUUUUAAAAAACAUACAACUCUGCUUUGCCUUCUUUUGCCAAGUGAUGUUGCCCAGGAAAAUCCGGCAGAGGCAGACACUGAGCUCACAAGGUCUCAGGUGGAGUCGCUCGGCUGGUUUACAGCCACACCGCUCAGAUGUGAGGGGAGUCUGGGUGCUGUUUGAUCAAACUCAGACAUGCUGCUGGAGAGGAGAAGAGCUCUGCUGCUCCUUAAAUCCAAUGUACUGUAUUUUGAAACCCUAUGCAGUCAGUGUUGACACCGACUCAUAUGAGCAGCAUGUUAACUGUGACUCUGAGCCUUUUCAAACUGCCCACCAACCUUUGAGCUAGUUUGGUGUUGGCCUGCAAGACCGUGGAACAGAGGAGAUGCUUGAAUGAUCAGCGUUUGCUGAGUGUGCGCCCUCUAGAGGAGGCUGUCUGCGGCAGCACGUGAAGCUGCUUGACAGCCAUCUUGUCUUGCUGGAGUGAGUCUCAGUCUUCCACGACUGAUCCAGGAGUGUAUUGGUUUGAUGAGUAACAUUACAGCAGCUAACCUGUAAACACUGGGGGGCUCUGUUGCACAACUGAACUACCACUACCAACAUCAGACACUGUUUCAUACAGACAAUGGAAAUGGCUGUUGCGUGGCUGCAUGCGUUUGUGUGUCUACAACUUGAUGAAUUGUGAGCUAAACUGUGAAAAGGAGUGUAGAAAGUGUUUUCAGGGGUGAGGGGUGAUCUUGAGCAUGAGCAGAAGAAAGUCUUUCUUCCAUAGCAUGCGGUCCUGACGUGUUCGUGGUGUUCGGUCGGCUCUACGUGUCCAGGGAUGAAGGUGUCCACUUAUCUAAAGCUGUUGCGAUGGGGAUGAGGGUUCUCUUGUUAUUUCGGGGGCUUCUUUUACCGUGUGAGCUGCAAUGUGUUUUUAUUUUUUAUUUGUUAACUCAUUACUUUAUUGAGCUUUUUAAAAACGGAAGGCGACAAAUUCGAGCAUUGAACCAUCAACGUUAACAGCCCUCUUUUUUUUUUUUUUAUUUAAACCUUCUGGUGUGAAUGGAGAUGAAUUUGUGUCACAUUACUGUUGUCAUCUGUUUGUCGGCCUGUCACUGAGGAGAGAACUGAGCAGUGGGAUGAGAAAUGGGCGCCUCAGGAAACAACACACAGCUGAGUGAACUUGUUUAGCGUCGAAGGACUGUUUACAAUCUCUACCUUGAUAUGCACAUGUGGAUUUUCUGACCAUCACUUGAGUUUCUUUUGUGUCCUGUUGAUACUUUCUUUUUUUCUUAUGGUUUGUAAAUCUAUUUAAAUUCUGAAAUAAAGAUCUUUAUUAGACUUUGGUUAACCAUUUACUGCAGUGGGAGGUGUGUUUUGACUGCGAGGUCAAAGGUCUCACGAGUUCUGCAUCUCUCUCUCUUUCAGAAGCAGCAAAGCACUAACAUGAGAGACGUUAGAGGACACACAAAGACUUGGAAAAACUGUGAGGACCAUUUGCAGUUUAUGUGAACAGGGAUUUCCCAGAGAAGUGAGAGGCUAGUCGACCUUAAGUGAACUUCACCAAGAUGCAUCGCGGGUCACCCUGAAUUCAGCAGACAAACUGAUGCUGCCAGGUGUGUGUCCUCCCAUCUCUCGGUAACCACAGGAGCAAAACAAGCUUUGUUUGUUUGAUGAAAUGCUCAGUUCGCUGUGUUCCGAUGCCAUGCACAUACUUGAAGUAAAAAGGGUUUCACUUCACAUUCCU